UAUCACCGCUGUUCAUGCGUCUGAAGGCUCGCAUCUCACGUGGCAGUGACAGACAUGGAAAAGCCGAUCGCAUCUUCGGCGGAGAAAUCGGAGAUGAAGGAGUCGUUACUUGCCAAGUCUGUCCGUAUUGCAGCCGUUGUAGCGGCCUACUGGACAAUAUCCAUAUCCCUGGUUUUCUUGAACAAGUAUCUUUUAAGCAGUCCUGACAUAAAAUUGGAUGCUCCCCUGUUUGUGACAUGGUACCAGUGUGUUGUGACUGUCAUCUGCUUGUUCUUCCUGAGUCUUCUUGGUGAUCGGUAUCCAUGGAUCGACACAUUCCCUGCAUUUCACAUCAAGCUCUCAGUUGCAAAACAGGUUCUGCCAUUAUCUGCUGUUUUUGUUGGAAUGAUCACAUUUAACAACCUCUGCCUAAAGAAUCUGGGAGUCUCGUUCUACAAUGUGGGCAGAUCUUUAACAACAGUUUUCAACGUGAUCUGUACAUAUGUCAUAUUGGGCCAAUCCACAUCAUAUAAAGCUGUCAUUUGCUGUGCUGUCAUAAUUGGUGGCUUCCUCAUGGGUGUGGACCAGGAGGGGAGUAGCGGUAAGAUAUCCUAUUCUGGUGUCCUGUUUGGAGUCCUGGCAAGUCUUUGUGUGUCACUGAAUGCCAUCUAUACCAAGAAAUUCAUCCCUGCAGUUGACAACAACAUCUGGCGCCUGCAGUUGUACAACAACUUCAAUGCCUGCUUUCUUUUCCUUCCUCUGAUGGCCCUCCUUGGAGAGAUAGGAGAGGUAGCACACUUUCCUAACUUGUCCUCAGCAUACUUCUGGCUUAUGAUGACGAUCGGAGGAGUGUUCGGCAUUGCCAUUGGUUACAUCACUGGUCUACAGAUUAAAGUCACCAGCCCUCUCACCCACAACAUCAGUGGCACAGCCAAGGCAUGCGUCCAGACCAUCAUGUCUGUAAGUUAUUUCCAUGAGACCAAGACAGCCUUAUGGUGGCUCAGUAAUGCAAUGGUUCUUGGGGGCUCAAUGGCCUACACCCGAGUUAGGCACUCUGAAAUGAAGAAAGCGCACACUAUACAGGCAUCUAAAGACGACAAAGCACUGCAAGAGGAUGGACAAACAAAGGUUUAGGGAAAUUGAAUAGGGCAAGGUUUUGGUUAGAUAUAGAAUGUUUUCCAUAUUUAAUGGGUUUUUUUGGACAUGCUAUAUAAUUAUUUAAUGGUAAUCUCAAGUGUAGGGGCUAUGUUAAGAACAUUGUAAAUAUUAUACUUUCAAUAUCGGAAGUCAUACCUAAGUAUUGAAAUUCAGUCAUUCAUAAUUUUCCUUUGAUAAUGUUUUCAACAACUUUGGUGUCACUUGAAGGCAGAGCAUUUUCAAAUUGGAUAUAACAGUCAGAAAAAUACAUUGAGCAGGAUAGGUUGGUAUCUGUGAAUUGUAGGAUUUUACAACUUUGGGUAGUUGUCUAGCAUUCACCAGCACGGAUCUUUUCGGGUAUGUAUAAAAACAAAGUUUUACUAAAAAUGGUUGUCCCAAUAUUCAAGUGUUUAAUAGUCUGAGCAUUUAAAAUGUGUAACGAAGUGCAGUGUUUUUUUUUUUUUUAGUAAAUUAAAGUUAACCGAUUUACUGUA